AAGAAAUGCAUGUGAAAUGCACGUGAUCAAUCUGCGCGCAGAGAGAGAGAGAGAGUGCCAGCUUGUACGGAAAAAUCUUCGAGGGUUUUGCAAAAGAAUCCAUGGACUAAAUUCAAAUACAAAUAUACUGACAUAUUGGUUCAAAUAGAAUGAAAAUUGAAGGAGGCAUAAGCCUAAAGACAAUACUAAGUAAUCUCAGACAUGGGUUUAGGGCUUUGUCUCAUAUGAACUGGGUUUCAGCUUCUGGGUUUCACUUGGCUGGUCUUUUGGGUGUUGUUGGUUUGGUUUUGGCUAUAAGAGAUGGUAAAGUUGGCAACUUGACCAGCUUACCUUGGUUUUCUGAGAGAUCCAGUGAUUCAGAGAAGAAUUGGUUGGUACCAGGGUUGCGAAAUCUUGGUAAUAAUUGUUUUCUCAAUGUAAUUUUACAGGCUCUGGCUAGCUGUUUAUACUUUCAACCUUUUCUUCAAAAGGUUAUAGAGGAAUGUGAAUUAUCCAUGGAUGAGGAACAGGUUGCAAACUUGCCGCUUACAGCUGCUUUGGCUGCUUUAUUUGAAGAGUUAUGUGAAGUUGGUGGGGGAAGAGUGGUAUUGAGUCCACGAAGACUAAUGCUAGCUAUGUCUCAUCACAUUCCAAAUUUUAAUCUGACUGCCCAGCAGGAUGCAGCAGAAGCGUUCCUUCAUCUUUUGUCCUCUUUAAGAGAGGAGUUUUCAGAUUGUUAUCUUCCAAAUCAAUGUUCUUUAGUUGAUGUUUUUGCUUCUAGUUGUAGGAUUCUCAUUCCAAAGAGGGAGGAUCGGAGUGAGCAGGAAAGAUGGCAGAAGCACUUCCUUGGACCAUUUGAUGGAAUUCUUGGUAGCAUCUUAACUUGUCAAAGCUGUUCAUCUCAGAUCUCAAUGAGUUUUGAAUCUUUUCAUAGCUUGCCUCUGUCACCGGUGCUCAAUAAUGGUUCCACAAUUAUGGUUGGAUGUACUUUGGAGGAUUGCCUGAAGCAGUUCAUUGUUGCCGAGCACGUUGAAAAUUACCACUGCAGCAACUGUUGGCAUAUUGCUGGAAUAAAGUAUUUGUCUUCAGUAGAGGCAAAUGAGAUGGAGAUUGAAAAACUUAGGAGAUGUAGUGAGCAAGAAACCUGUGACUGCCGAAGACUUCUCUGUCUUAAAAAACUACCGUGGUCAAAUAAGUUUUCGUAUACGCUAAAGCAACUAAGUCUUGCUCGUUGUCCAAAGAUUCUUUGCAUUCAUCUAAAACGUGUAUCAAUAAAUAUGUUUGGAGAGCCAGUCAAACUUCAGGGCCAUAUUUCUUUUCCAUUGAACUUAGACCUGCUACCUUUUAUUACAAGGGGGGUUGGAAUAAAUAGUUGGGGAGAAAAUUUGCAAAGAAAGCAAGUGAAGCUACAAUAUGAGAAACCAAAACCUCUUUCCAAUCAUUUCAAUAUGCAAUUUGAUACAAGAAAACUGAAUUACAUCUAUGGGCUGAUGGGAGAGGAUGUACAUUCAAAUGAAUUUGCUUCAGAUGAAUCUGAAUGCAUGGUAAAAUUACAUGCUGUUAAGGGAGAAUCCAAUAUGGCCCAAGCUGAAGGAUGCUCAAAAUCCAUGUCUGCAAUCAUGCAUAUGCAAUCUGAUGAUGACAAGGUGACUGUCCCCCCAGAAAGUUGUUUAUACCGACUUGUUUCUGUUGUGGAGCACUUUGGAAGAGCUGGUAGUGGGCAUUAUACUGUUUACAGAAGUGUGAGAGCUGAUUCAUAUAAAGAAGUUCCUGAUGAGCAAUUUGGGCCUGCUUCCAUGAGUUGGUUUUGUAUUUCAGAUUCUGAAGUGCAUAGGGUCUCAGAAAAAGAUGUUCUUGAUGCAGAGGCCAGCUUGCUCUUCUAUGAGAAAAUUGUCUCAGGCUGAAAAAUUACACAAUUUAUCUAUUUGUUGUGAAACUUUCAUUUUAUAUCAGAAAGGCCAAGUGCUGCUGCUUUGAUAACGAGUCCAUAGAAGGCCCUUCAAUCUACCAGAGGUUGUGCCAUGAGGCAUUUGCAACUUGGAGAGGCCUGGAAAGUUGAAGGUUCAAGUAGAAAAUUCCAUAAAAAAAAGAGAGAAUAAAAAAGUAGAAGAUUCCUAACUGGAAGAACGAGUAUAAAGCCUUGUUAUUAUUUAUUGUUGCUGCUGGUACAUCCUUCUUAGCACAAGGAGUAUAAAGCAGUACCCUAAAUAUUUUCUUUUUUUGUAGUGUAAGUUGUACAUUUGAUCUACUGUACCCUUUGGAUGCCAUGUUACAAGUGUGCUAUAAUGUUUUUGACAAAAGAAAACUUACCUUCAAACCCAUCAAUAUUUUCUUGAUUCAUAAGUCA